AAAAAAAAUAUCACAGAAUCAGAAACAAAGAAAGAGUUACUUACUGUGUUGAGAGUGCUCUGUAAAUUUUGAGCAGCUCCAUAAGCAAGGAAGAUUAAGAGAAAAGCCAAGCUCAAGAUAUGAAUGUCCUUCAUGAGAAACAAUGCUGGAAUCAUGUUCUGCCCCUUCAAGCGCUCAGAGGAUGGGAUUGAGAUACAGUUUGCAACAAACCAUCUUGGCCAUUUCCUGCUGACUAACCUUCUUCUUGACAAAAUGAAACAAACUGCAAAAACCACCGGAAAAGAGGGCAGGUUCCUAAACCUCUCUUCAAUUGCCCAUAACUACACUUACAGAAAGGGGAUUCGAUUUCAUAAGAUCAAUGAUCGAAAUGGUUAUUCUAAUAAGAAGGCUUAUGGGCAGUCCAAGUUAGCUAACAUAUUACAUACAAAUGAGCUUUCUCGUCGCAUGAAGGAAGAGGGUGUGAACAUCACAGCAAACUCAGUCCACCCAGGAGUGAUAAUGACUCCACUUAUGAGACAUUCUUCUUACCUUAUGCACUUCUUGAAGGAAGACCUUUUACAUAUGGAAGAACGUCCCGCAGGGAGCAGCCACGACAUGCUAUGCUGCUCUGCACCCAAGUAUGGAAGGUGUAACUGGGAAGUACUUUGUGGAUUGCAAUGAAUUUAAGCCUAGU